AUGAAUAAGUCGGUGACCUUGCGGUCGAACGCGUCCGUCCGAUCGGAGCGGUCAUCGCACAGCACCACCAGCUCACACAAACGUGCUGGCCAGAAGUUGUCGGACAAGGUCCGUGGCAAGAAGACGGCCAGCGAGAGCUCCCAGGCGCACGCGAUGAUGUCCUCAGCGAGCUCCCAGCCGGGGGUGGCCGCGCAGGAUUCGACGGUCGGACACACCAAAUCGUCCUGGGUGCAGAACGUCUCGUCGCAGCGAAUGGCCGCAGUGCGCAGCUUCGGCACCCUCAGCCUUGGCGGCAUGAGCGCCUCGACGGAAGGCAGCUUCGGUUUCGGCGGCCCCUCCCCCCGCCCCAGCGCCGGCCUCGUGCCGAGCGACUGCCGCUUCACCGUGCCCGUCGACGUGCUGAUGGAGUCGGCCGAGGAGGGCACCUUCAGCAUCACCGACCCCGCCCUCGGGCUGUCGCUGCGGGUGGCCAUCCGGAACCGGCCCAGCGCCCGGCUCCUGCAGGUCUUCGUCGGCACGGACUCGCCGAAGCCCUGCACCACCGUGAGCCCCCUGUCCGACGGCGGCCCGGCCGGCAUCCGCAUGGAGAUCCGCGGUGCCGACGGCUCGCUCUUCGGCAUGCUGACGCUGCAGCAGAACGGCUCCUUCGUCGUGACCACGGCCGAGAAGCAGCCUCUGCUCACCAUCGAGGGCAACGAGGAGAACCUGGACCUGCGCAUCUCCGCGCGUGACGGGCGGCUCGUGGCCGCGGUCUCCUGCGCGUCGGCCGGCCCCUCCAAGGAGGUCGACAAUCUGGACUUCCGUGUGCGCCCAGGCACAGACCCCGUGCUGGUGGUCACGUGCAUCCUCUCGGUUCUCCUCUUCGUCUACGGCGACGACGAGUAG